AUGAAGGGGUUGUAUCUUAAUGGUAAGAUUUUGGAUGCACUCUACAUUUAUGGUAAAAUAGUUGCAAAAGGAUUUUGGUUUGAUGAAGUUAUGUAUGAAACCUUAAUCAAUGGGCUGUGUAAGUCUGGAGAAACAAGAGUUGCUCUCCAAAGGCUUUGGAAAAUGGAGGGUCAGUUUGUUAAGGCGAAUCUUGUAAUGUACAAUAUUGUUGUUGAUGGUUUGUGCAAAGGUGGACUUUUGAAUGAUGCAUUGGAUUUAUAUUUUAAUAUGCUUGGUCGAGGAAUUUCCCCUGAUAUUGUUACUUACACUUCAAUAAUAUAUGGUUAUUGCAAGAUUAACAGAGUGGAUGAGGCCAUGAAUUUGAGGAAAGAUAUGUUUCUUAAGAACAUAGUUCCAAACAUUGUAACUUACAAUUCUCUAGUUGAUAGCUUGUGCAAAGCUGGUAGAAUCUCGUCUGCAAGGGAGAUUGUUAAUGAAAUGCAUUAUUGCGGUCAACCAUUCCCUGAUGUAAACACUUAUAAUAUCCUUUUAGAUUUCGUGUGCAAAAACCAGCAUCUUGAUGAGGCAAUUGCAUUAUUUAAAAGUCUCAUCUAUGAAAGAAGUUUUGUUCCAAAUGUUUGGAGUUACAAUAUCUUGAUUAGUGGUUAUUACAAGAAUAAAAGAUUUGAUGAAGCCAUAAAGCUUUUCCUAUAUAUGUGUUCCAAGAAUUUGGAUCCAAAUAUUGAAACUUACAAUAUAUUGUUACACGCAUUAUACGACAGGCAGCAACUUGGCAAGGCAAUUAUACUAUUAAACCAAAUUGUUGAUGAUGAUAUUUGUCUUAAUUUGUACACAUACAAAAUACUUAUAUAUGGUUUAUAG